GACACACCCCUCCCCCGGAACCGGGGCUGCCACGGGCCUUAAAAGGGCGAUGCCAAGGUGGCGCUAGCGCCCGCAAUUAAAAGGGCAACGGCGCCGACCCCCCGAGGCUGGGCGACAGCCUAGCCGACAGUUUCUCACUGGACUCUAGACUCCAGGAGUCCCUCCCCACAGAGGACAGAAAUUGCUGGACAAUGUAGACAGACUGAAGGAGGAGAGCGUGACUGCAGCCGCUGGGAAGUGCAUGCCGGGAUGCGGGCUUCCGCUGGCCGCGCGGGGGCGCUGGGAAGCUCCAGGACUCGCUGAUCAACCGCCGCCGAGUGGUCUGAAGAGCCUGAGCUUUCUUCUGUACCUGUAGUCCCUACUUUAGGUCUGGAUUUCCCAAACCAAUCCACCUGAAGGUGUUUGGAUACUUAAUGAAGAUUCUUUGAGGACUGCUUUUGGACUCAAAAGGCAUGGAUCCCAGCAGUGACUACUAUUUCCUCAACCAGAUUUUGUGGAAGAGAGUGAAACUCACAUUGGUUUCUGGUGCCUUUGAGGGUGUGCUUCAGCAUGUGGAUCCUAACAAAAUUGUUGUCCUGAAAAAAGUAAAGAACAUGGAGACAGGCCGGAAUGUUCCAGGAGUGAAAAUGUUUUUUGGGCAUGAAAUUUUGAAUGUGGAACUGCUGGAUGAAGUGGAACAAACUGCAUUGGAAGAAAAGGCAUCUUCUGUCAGUCUAAAUACAGAAAGAGCCAGAAUGGAUAAAAUGAAAGAUGAAGACCUAAAUGUAUGUGAGCCUGCUUCACCUGCACCAGAGGUCACAACCAACUCUCUGCUCAUUGACCUCAAAUAUAGCCCAUUGGAGGACGAAGAGGUGACAUACACAGUCAUUGAUCAGUUCCAGCAUAAGUUUGGUGCUGCAAUGUUCCACAUUAAGAAGCAGAGUGUCCUGAGUGUGGCUGCAGAAGGAGCGAAUGUAUGCCGCCAUGGGAAACUUUGUUGGCUUCAGGUAGCCACAAACAGCCGAGUUUACUUAUUUGAUAUUUUCCUUCUGGGAAGUCGUGCUUUCAAUAAUGGACUUCAGAUGAUAUUAGAAGACAAACGAAUUUUAAAGGUAAUCCAUGAUUGUCGCUGGCUUUCUGAUUGCCUCUUGCAUCAGUAUAGAAUCAUGCUGAAUAAUGUCUUUGACACACAGGUAGCAGAUGUCCUUCAGUUUUCCAUGGAAACAGGUGGCUUUCUUCCAAACUGUAUCAGUACUUUGCAGGAGAGUUUAAUCAGACACCUUAAAGUUGCUCCUAAGUAUCUCACCUUUCUGGAAGAGAGACAAAAACUGACUCAGGAAAAUCCAGAAGUGUGGAUGACACGACCUCUUUCACCCUCUUUAUUGAAAAUUUUGGCCCUGGAAACAACCUACUUGCUUCCACUUCGUUUGGUAGUUCUGGAUGAGAUGAUGUCAGACCUGACCACCUUGGUUGAUGGGUACCUAAACACUUAUCGAGAGGGUUCUGCAGACCGGCUUGCAAGCACAGAGCCUAUGUGUAUGGAGCUGCCAGAGGAACUUCUUCAACUCAAGGACUUCCAGAAGCAGCGCAGAGAGAGAGCUGCAAAAGAAUACAGAAUGAAUGCACGGGGCCUCCUGAUAAGGACAGUGCUGCAUCCAAAGAAAUCAGUGACCGGCAUAAUGGCAAGAGAAGAAAAAGUCAAAGGCUUCUUAUUGUGUAGAAAUUCUGAAGUAGACCAAGCUCCACAUUUUAUAUGUCAUGAAUCUCAUAAGGAUGUGAUUUUUUUAGAUAAAGAAUCUAAACAAAUGACAGCAAAAUCUCAAAAUCCCUCUCCCAUAAAGGAAGGAGAAGCCAGUAAGGAUUCUAGAAACAAAGUAAUUUUUGGUGAAUCAGAGGGGCCAGAGGGUAAGAGAGUAACUCGGAAAGAACACCCUGGGAGCCCUAAGCAUGAGUUGCAGUCAUGUUUUUCUUUGAAAGAAGAGAUAGAACAGUUGUUGACGAUCGAGAAUGAGGAAGAUUUAAUGUGUGCAAAUCGAGAUGCUUCAGUGUCUCCUCUUCCUCAGGAAACCACAGUGGUACCCAGUGAUACCUUCUAUCUUCCUAAAAAAGCUAUGAUUUCUACACUUCCACCCUGCCCAGCCUUGGAGAAUACAGAGUCAUGGGUAAAUCCAUCUCUAAAUCUGUUUUAGGAUUUGCAGUUACUGCUGAGGCCCUAAUAGGGCCUCAUUUCCCCUGCCUGUGUCCAUGCCUAAGUUUCUCAG